AUGGAGAACUGGCCUUGUCGAGGGUGGGUAUGGAAUAAGAUGAACAUGCCAAAACACAGCUUAAUCUGUUGGUUAGUAGCACAUAACAGACUCUUGACGAAAGAUAGGCUGAGACAUAUGGGAAUUAGCAAAGACAGCUUAUGUGAGAUAUGUGGAGAUGCAGAAGAAACAGUUGCUCAUUUGUUCUUUGAAUGUCCACUUGCGAGGAGGUGCAUAGAAGACACGCUGAGAUGGUUAAACAUAUACAUCAGGAAUAUGGAGCUGCGAGGUUUAGGCAGAAGAAUGACCAGACAAGUUAAAGGGAAAAUAUGCAGGACAAUUGUGUUGGCCAUACUAGCAGCUGUAGUUUAUAAUGUAUAG